UCAGCCCAUUAAAAAAAUCUUCUUCUCAUCGGGAAAUAAAUGUGGAUCAAAUCUGCAAGACACACGCUGCAUCAUCAUCUGCAUCCCUCGAGCAAACUCCCACAUGCAUUGUCGAAUGCCAGAGUAAUGAAGAAGUUGUGAGUCUCUCAGUCAAGAAAUGUGUGACAUACGCGUUCCGCAUACUUUUGCAUCCACAACAGUUGGGGACCGGUCUUUUUCUCGUUAUCUUGCAAGGCAUGAGAAUGUUUUGAGUUCGAAAUUCAGAGCAAAUUUGGUGGAAAUGGAGGAGAACGUGGCCCUGAGCAUCGUCUACAUGUGUCAGAUAAAGGUUUUUGCUGCAAGUAUGAAGAACCUAGCCCUUGUUCUUGCGGUCGGCCAGUACAAGAACUUGUCCACCGAAGUUUUGAAGCAGAUAAUAGUGGCAGGAUGGAUGUGGAGAUUGAAAGAACAUAUUCACGCAUAUUCUGAAGCGAGUGCAGCACACCUGGCAAUGAUUGGGAAUAAGAAGGCCAUUACGAGAGGCUGCGAGGAGGGUCUUAUUUUAUUACCGAGGGAGAGCCGGGAGGACCGGAAGUGGAGAUCUGUUGCAUGCAGAGAAAGAUGGGGAAAGAGAAAGAGAGAGGAGACGAGCGUGUGCGUGUGUUUACCUACAUGAGCCGGCACGCAUCAUCAUACCUUGGCCUUUCGACCGUAGUUCCCGCUCUUGCCCUCUUCGGACGGUGUGGAGAAGGGGAAGAUUUUACUCCGAGAGCAGUGCCUUUUCGAGCAUGUGGUCAUGCAACUCAAGAGCACUAGAGGGAAGACCGGCACCGAGGACUUCUGGAGUGCAUGACUCUCAGCAAGGAUCAAUCGAGAACUCCCAGGGAGGUUUCUUCGUCUCUCAGCGCUGAAUUCUUUUCUCGUCGGUUUUUGAUACCAAUAACCAACUUAAAACCAGCUAAAAUCAACGAGUGGGAAGGAAUGAGACUCCAAGAAUCUACAACGCUUGGGAUGUCUCUUAAGACGGCAUCAGCAUACAAACCCUUGCUCAAAUAAAAGGACUGGAUAUUGUGAGGUGUAUCAAGAAUCAAGAAUCAAAAACGCCCUUGAGGAUAGAGAGGCGUCGCGCAAGAUUGACCUCGUCGGAUGGCGAAUAUCCCCUCCUUUUGUUUCAAUGUUGUUCCUCCCGUCCCGAAUACCAAAACAGCCAAAAUGAUGGCAAGGAAACACUGCUCCGUCCCGAGGCCUUUUGACUUUAACCAGUUUAACAAGGUUUGAGUUGCCAAGUGCAACCAGUAAUGGGCUAGGAAAUUCAACCCCGGAACAAGGGAGACAAUCUAGUGGUCAGUUUCAACCCGGGAAGCAGACCGUUAUUAAGUUGGGCAUUAUUAUCCAGAUUAGCAAACUGGACCCAUGGUUCAGGGUUCCCUUCGUGCGCCUUUGCUGUCAGUAUACGAAUUUCAAGAACUUUUUUUUGCAAAGAUGUCACCCGUGGUGUGAGAACCAGAGCCUAGUUAGAGACUCUUGAAGAGAUCGAUCAGGAUUGAGGCUGAUGAACGGACAGGGCAUGGAGUGGAAGAUUUCAUGGGUCACCUGGCUGGGCUUCUCUUGCUAGCACUGAAGAAGAAAGGACAGGAUGUUAAUUGGCCACGAGAAUAACUGGCAUUGCUAAAACCAGAGAGCAGCUGGGACUUGUUUGUGUCAUUUCCUAGUGCAGCAUUGCGACGUAACCAGGAGUGCAUUGAUCGCGCUGUCAAAAGAAUCAAGACCGAUUCCUGUAGUGAAGUGAUGUCAAAGU